AUGAACGUCACUCUGGCUACAGUGGAGACAUUCAAGUUCCUGGGAUCUGUGAUCUCCCAGGACUUGAAGUGGGUCAAUCAUAUCAACUCCAUUGUAAAAAAUUCCCAACAAAGGUUGUACUUCCUUCGCCAGCUAAGAAAGUUCAACGUACCACAGGAGCUGCUAAAACAGUUCUACACAGCCAUCAUCGAAGCAGAGCAGUAUAAGGCAGUUGGACCUGCAGAUUCUGUAUUUGCUGUAGCUGGUGAAGAUGUGAUUCUGCCCUGUUCAGUCAAACCCAACAUCAGUGUUGUGGACAUGAGAGUGGAGUGGUCUAGACCAGAUCUGAAACAUUCACAACUAGUGCAUCUCUAUGAGGAUCAUAAAGACAGAAACACAAAUCAGAUUGAGUCCUACAGAGGAAGAACAAAACUGAUCCAUCAAGAACUACAGACAGGAAACACAUCACUCAAACUCUCAUCAGUCCAAGUCUCUGAUGAAGGACUUUAUAAAUGUUUUAUUAAGUCCAAAUCCUGGAAUGAUGAAGCCACUUUUAAUGUUAAAGUUGAAGUUGUAGGACAUCCUCCAGUAAUCACUGUAGAUGGGUUUGAUGAUUCAGGAGGGCUUCAUCUACAGUGUGAAUCUGAAGGUUGGUAUCCUGAACCUGAUCUUGAGUGGCUGAACAGUGAAGGAGUCAGUUUGAGUCCAGAAACUACAGAGAAACACAGAACCACAGACAGAUUCAGUGUGAAACACACUGUUAUUGUACAUCAGAGUGGCAAGAUUCACUGCAGAGUCAAACUAAGACAUCACAUGCUGGAGACACCGAUUAGCACCACAAAUAAUAUGUUUAAUCUUUGGAGGACAUCAGCCAUCCUGUUUUCACUUGUAGUUGUUCUCAGUGGUUUUUCUGCAAUACUGAUAGCUGUGUUCAUUCAUGAAUACAAGGUAAACAAUCAACUACAGACUGAGAACAGGAGAAUAAAACAUGAACAUGAUGAACUUUUAAAGAGUCAGAAGAUGCCAAAAGUGAUCACGCAUCUAGAAACAGACACGGUGAAUGCAACUCAGGAUGCUGAUUCGUCUAAUAAUUCAUGUCUCAUUGUGCCUGAACAUGGGCAAGAAGUGAUACAUGACAAAACAGAACCAUAAGAAGAUAAAGAUGAAAUUAUCUUUAAAUGGACGUCUGACCCAUAUGGAAAGCAGUACUGAAUUUUGACUGAGGUUAGGGCUGUGUAAAUCUCUAACUGAUGAUAAUGCAAAAAUAGGCUGCAAUGCAACAAUGACAGCUUUUUCUAAUCUUAUCACAGUUAACACAGAGUAAAUAUGUACAUUAUUCAGUGUAGGUGAUUCAAUUAUUCAAUUAACUGAAUUUGUGCAAUAAAUAUCUGCAAGGCAAUGCUUACAAUGCAAGUUUAUGCAAUGUUUUAAAUAACACCCAAAUGUGAUGCUAAAUAAACAAAGUUUCUAUUCUGUUCUUUUUAAACUCAAAUGAAGUUCUAUUUCUAUUCUUGCCAGAUGGUGGCGCUAGCUACUUACUAUUUAAUUGGUAAAAUUUGAACGCUUGAAUCCUGUAUAUUUGGGGUGGAGUCAAAGAAGACUCCUUGCUUGCUGUCUGUAUGUACAAUGAAGAAAACAGAUUGUAAUGAAACUAAUAUCUUCUGUAGUCCAUUUUAAAUAAACCAUCAAAUAUAUGUGUCCUUU